AAAAGCCCGCCAUUCUUCUGUGUGGCAGCUUCUACUUCCUCUCUGAACUUCCUCAAAGAAACCUCCACUUCCAUUAAUCACAGGCCACCGCUUACUCUUUCUCACCGUUCCUAAGUUUCUAAGCUGCAAUAAUGGCGACUGUGAUGCAAAAAAUCAAGGACAUUGAAGAUGAGAUGGCGAGGACCCAAAAGAACAAGGCUACAGCCCAUCAUUUGGGUUUGCUCAAGGCUAAACUUGCAAAGCUACGUAGAGAACUCCUUGAGCCUACAUCAAAAGGAGGUGGUGGUGCUGGUCAGGGUUUUGAUGUUACUAAAAGUGGAGAUGCCAGAGUCGGUUUAGUAGGCUUUCCUUCAGUUGGGAAAUCAACGCUGCUAAAUAAAUUAACUGGGACAUUUUCAGAGGUUGCUUCCUAUGAAUUUACCACCUUGACUUGCAUCCCAGGCGUUAUCAUAUAUAGAGGAGCUAAAAUUCAGUUGUUAGAUCUUCCUGGUAUCAUUGAGGGUGCUAAGGAUGGGAAGGGGCGAGGCAGGCAGGUUAUCAGUACUGCUAGGACAUGCAAUUGUAUUUUAAUUGUUCUUGAUGCAAUAAAGCCAAUCACUCACAAGCGUCUGAUAGAGAAAGAACUUGAGGGAUUUGGCAUAAGAUUAAACAAGGAGCCACCUAAUCUGACAUUCAGGAAGAAAGACAAGGGUGGAAUUAAUUUCGUCUCAACAGUUGCCAACACACACCUUGAUCUUGAAACUGUAAAGGCGAUAUGUAGUGAAUACAGAAUUCAUAAUGCUGAUAUUACUCUGAAGUACGAUGCAACUGCAGAUGACCUUAUAGAUGUCAUUGAAGGCAGCAGGAUAUAUAUGCCCUGCAUCUACGUACUAAACAAGAUUGAUCAAAUUACUCUUGAAGAGUUGGAGAUUUUGGACAAACUUCCUCACUACUGCCCAAUCAGUGCUCACCUGGAGUGGAACCUUGAUGGUUUGCUGGAGAAGGUAUGGGAAUAUCUAGAUUUGACUCGCAUAUAUACAAAACCAAAAGGACUGAAUCCAGACUAUGAAGAUCCUGUGAUUUUGUCAUCUAAAAGGCGGACAGUUGAGGAUUUUUGCAACCGAAUCCAUAAGGAUAUGGUUAAACAAUUUAAAUAUGCUCUGGUAUGGGGAUCAAGUGCGAAACACAAACCUCAGAGAGUUGGCAAGGAACAUGAACUUGAGGAUGAAGAUGUAGUGCAAAUUAUCAAAAAAGUGUGAUAAAUUUAACUCCAGUUGUACGAGUCCAUUGAGUUCUCCACAUUAUGAAACCAGAUACAUGAAAGAUUACGCCAAUUUUUGAUUUAAGUGUGUUUGCCAUGGUAUGAAUGAUGCAACGAGAUUGAACAAACACAAUUAGUUGGAAUGAUAUUUAGCAGAAAUUGAGCGUGAUGGAACAUAUGCCCCAUGUGACUAUUUGAACUUUGAAAGGAUAAACCAGAAUAAUGCAUGUAGCUUAUGCCAAA